GGGUUUCGUUGGGAACUUUGUGAGUCAGCGCGGCGCGCGGAGGCCGACACCCAGCCCCGCUCCUCCUGGAUCUAAUGCUGCGCUCCGAGGACACGCACACACACGGACGCACGUUUCCAGUCGGAGCUCCAACUGAGGAUUUUAUCCGCUCCCCGGGAAUGUUUCUUGACGCUUGGUCGCGGUUUAUUCCUCACUGGAAUUGACGCGGCGGACCAAACAAACAAACAAACAAAAAAAAAUAAAAAAAUGAAAGUGACGGUGUGCUUCGGGAGGACCCGGGUGGUCGUUCCGUGCAGGGAUGGGAAUAUAAAAGUCCACAGUCUGAUCGAACAAGCGGCCAUGAGGUAUAAAAAGGCCAUCGGUAAGGAUUCCAGUUACUGGGUCCAAGUGCACAGGUUGGAACAUGGAGAUGGAGGGAUCCUGGACCUGGAUGAUGUGCUGUGUGAUGUGGCAGAUGACAAAGACAGGCUAGUCGCAGUAUAUGAAGAACAGGAUCCUCACAAUGGUGGUGAUGGUACCAGCGCCAGCUCCACAGGCACACCGAGUCCUGAACCCUUCUCCAGUGAGCUCAGUUCUGUGUCGUCCUUUCAGCCAUACCAAGCAAACAGCGAGAUCGAGGUCACCCCAUCCGCUCUCCGAUCCAACAUGCCUCUCCAUGUCCGUCGCAGCAGUGAUCCAUCCCUGGCUGACUGUCCUUUGGAUGAAGGCUCAGUUGUUAUAGAGGAACCAUCCAGAAAGAAUCCGACUCGCUGGUCCACAACUGUAGGCUUCCAAAAAUACAGCCAUAAACAAAGCCUCAGUGUUGGCACUGGCAGCCUGGAACGAAAGGGAAAAGGAGUCCAUGCUUACCGAAGUCUUCCUCGUGACACAAGUGGCUGGACCACUCAGUUCCAGAGAGAGAUGACACGAUCUUCCCUGAGCGCCAAUCAUCCAAUGGUGGACCGUUGGCUGGACCGUCAGGAGCAGGAUGGUGAAGGAGAUCAACAUAGGACCCAAGACAGGAGGAUUGAACGAAUAGAGCCAGUAGGAAGGGCAGAUUCCUCUUUGGAACAUUCCCCCAUGUUAAGUCUUGAGACCAUGCUCAAGCCAGUUAAGGUGUCCAAUGAAGGGGGGCCCCUGGGGAUCCACGUUGUGUCUUUUGGUUCAGAUGACAUGAGGACUCUUGGUUUGCUGGUGACACGUCUGGAGCGUGGAGGCAAAGCAGAGCAGGAACGUCUUUUCCAGGAAAAUGACUGUAUUGUGAAGAUCAAUAAAGAAGAUAUACGUAACCUGCGCUUUGAACAAGCCCAGAACAUGUUCAUAAAGGCCAUGCGUUCCCCUUCCAUCCUCUUCCAUGUGGUUCCCGCUGCCAUGAAGAGACAGUAUGAGCUGUUAUCAGACCACAGUGAGCUGAGUCCACCUCACACCAACAGGGUUCGCUUUAGCCAAGAUGCUCAGCAACCAAGGGACAGGUCCAGUCUGGUUGCAGCAUUGACAUCUCGGUCUGGACUCCUCCCUGGCUUCAACCACAAUCACCAGGGCCAUCUGAGAGGAAGCACCUCAGAUCCGAGCCGCCGCUACACGACAUUACCCCACAACCUGGUCUCCAGGGCCUCGUCAGUCCCAUCUCCUUCGCUUCAGCGCAGAAUAAGCACACACCUGUCUACUGGGUCCUAUCUAAAGAACAAAGGGCACAGACUGAACAUCCACCUGAAGAAAGGGCCAGAAGGUCUUGGGUUCAGCAUCACAUCCAGAGAUGUAACUAUUGGAGGCACUGCUCCCAUAUAUGUCAAGAACAUCCUUCCUCGAGGAGCUGCCAUCCAAGAUGGCCGUCUGAAAGCUGGAGAUCGGCUAAUGGAGGUUAGUGGAGUGGACCUGAACGGUAAGAGCCAGGAAGAGGUGGUGGCUCUGCUUCGAGCCACACCCAUGGGUGGGACUGUAAACCUGCUGGUAAGCCGGCAGGAAGACACCCUGCUGCCAAGAGAAGUGCAACCCAGUGACGAUGACAUGAUGUUAACCCCUGAUGGGACCCAAGAGUUCUUGAUGUUUGAGAUCCCCCUGAAUGACUCAGGCUCAGCUGGUCUGGGGGUCAGCGUCAAGGGUAUCCAGUCCAAGAAGAACCAUGCUGACUUGGGUAUCUUUGUGAAAUCCAUCAUCAAUGGAGGUGCUGCCAGCAAGGAUGGACGUUUGCGGGUUAAUGACCAGCUCAUUGCCGUCAACGGGGAGUCAUUGCUCGGGAUGACCAACCAGGAUGCCAUGGAAACACUACGAAAAUCCAUGUCAUUAGAAGGCAACAAGCGAGGGAUGAUCCAGCUUGUCGUAGCACGGCGGGUGGCCAAGCAAAAUGAGGAAACGCCCGGCAGCCCUCCUGUCCUUGAUCAGUCUGUGAAUCCUUUGCUAGACAACCAUGAGCGUCGGAUUUCCAACUCUCUCUAUGAAACAGUUGAUGUUUUGGACACGCACUCCAUGCCGACAUCUAAUGUAAUUGGGCGGAUAGGUAACUACCAGCUCUCUCCAACUGUGAACAUGCCACAAGAGGACAUAGUCAUUAUCGAAGAUGAUAGGCCGCCCCUGCUGCCAGCUCAUCUUUCUGACCAAUCAUCCUCCAGUUCCAAUGAUGACAUGGGUUUUGUUGGUAUGAACCCAGGGCCCUGGAUCCAUGAGCUGCCUGGUCAGAAUGAAUGCUCACUCAGUCCAGAUGCAAACCCUGAUGGUGCAUUCCAGAGGGAGGGAUUUGGCCGCCAGAGUAUGUCUGAAAAACGCACCAAACAAUAUGACAGUGCUUCACAGUUGGACAUCAUCAAGACAAGAAAGUCCAAGAGCAUGGAUUUAGUAGCAGAUGAGAUUAACUACAACGCAAGAAUCAAUGGAGGUUCUUCAGAACAAGAAGUUGGGCCCUCACUAGGCCUGAAAAAGUCCUGCUCCCUUGAAAGUCUACAGAUGGCCAUCAGUGAGGCAAUGGCAAAUGGCAAAGUCAGUGUUCACAGGCCACUCCCCAGAAUUUCCAGGGGCCGUGGAUGUAAUGAAAGCUUCCGAGCUGCGAUUGACAAAUCCUAUGAGAAACCUGUUGCCACAGCUGCACAUGAAAGGAACAGCACAGAGACAUUAGAUGAUGACACAGAGGGAAGUUCCCGAUCAGGAUUGGAAUCUAUGUCCAACAGUAGUGACAUGAUCCUAGGUCCUGGGCUGAAUGGCAACCCCUCCAAAGAAGACAGACGGCAAUAUCGGGGAAAAGUUGAGGGAAAGGACAAAAAUAAACCUGAAAGGGAUAAAGAGAAGGAGAAAGACAAGGACAAGAACAAAGCCAAGAAAGGCAUGCUGAAGGGCCUGGGUGAGAUGUUCAGAUUUGGAAAGCCACGGCGGGAUGAGCGGCCAGGUGACAGGGUAGAGAGGAAGGCCUCCAGUAAAUCUAAAUCUGAGGACAUGCAGGCAUCAGAAGAGGACACCCUGAGGAUGAGACUGGAACAAGAGAGAAUACAGGCCAAGACACGAGAGAUUCGAGAGAGGCAGGCAAAGGAGAGGGAGUAUGCUGAGAUCCAGGAUGUUGUCAGUCACACCUUCAGCUCAGAUGAGGAUCACACCUACGCUGGUAUUGGAUCUCUGGAUUCAUCUAUGGAUGGCAGCACCAUGGAGUCUUUCAGCAGCCACCACCACCAUUACCAUCUCCCUCAGAGACCCCACAGCCCUCAACGUUCCCUAAGCCUUCAGGACAAUGGUCAGCCCAUAGAGGCUUUGUACGCACAGAUCAACAAGCCACGUAAUGGAUUUCCUGCAGCUCCAGACAGUAGUCAGAUGACUCCCAGUAACCAUGAUCGGAUACGGAGGCUGAAGCAUGAGUUCCAGCAGGCCAAGCAAGAGGAGGACCUUGAGGAUCACCGGCACACCUACAGCUUUGACCACUCCUGGGCUGCCAACGGGACAGAGAAUCAGAGCGGGCGCCAUUCAGCAACAGUGGAGACACAGGUCCAGAAACAUAAUCAAGACAACAGAGAAGGUGUCCAACAAACGCAGAGAAUGUACAAUUCACUGCCACGGCAACUUCGUAAGAACCUCAGCACAUUGUCCCAGGACUCUUGGGACAAGGUGUACGUAUCGCAGGGGAGCUUCCAGGCAACCAAAGACAACACUCGCUAUUCCAGCAGCCAGGGAUCACGCAAUGGCUACCUUGGAACAUCCAUUGUAAAUGCCCGCGUCCUCUUAGAGACUCAGGAGUUGCUGCGGCAAGAGCAGAGACGGCGAGAGCAGGAGGCUAACAAAUCCAGGCUGCGCCCCCAGGAACCCCUAAGCGGUAACACCUAUGACCAACACAGAGAUCAGACUGAGGCCCAAGGGUCUGGCAUGGACCAUGCCCAAACCCCACCCAAGGGCCCAUACAGACAAGAUGUACCUCCAUCUUCUUCUCAGCUGGCGAAGCUCAGCAGGCAUCAAGGCUCGGAGAAAGGGAGGCCAUUUUUCUCCUGAGACAUUUAUAAGUGACUAAUACCAAAGAGGGAUGUUUGUUUUGUUUUAACAUGCUGAGAUUUUAAUGAGAAUGUUAACAUAAAUUGUUCAUAUUAAAAAAAAAAAAGAUUUUCUAAUGAUAUGAACAUGAUUCCUUCCACUUUUACUGAAAAGAAAUGAUUUAAGGUAUUUUAUUGUCUGGAAUUAUGAACAUCCAACUUUGUGCCUUCCAGUCCAUUGGCUAGUUUUAUAGACAUCCGCUUCUCAUUUUCAUUCUAUUUCUUGUGAACUGCAGCUGUGACCCAUUCACCGAACACUGUCAGUGCAGCAGACAUCACAGGAGAAGCUGAUUGGUUUUUUGGGCCUCAUCUGAGAGCAAUCUGACCUAAACAACAUAACCUCAAGCACACGAGACAGAACAGACAUGUUUUUGUUGCACUGUGGUGAAAUCUAAGAGCUCAGUCAGUGCACGCUAAUGUGAAUGUGCCAUGUUUUUUAGCAGUCACCGCUCUGUACGUGUGACUGUACUUGUUGCAGUGAGUGAUGCAGGCUGGAGCUGGCAUGGAGCGGGAAAAGGAUGAGCAAUCUGACCGCCUCCAUCGAAGCGAACGGUGUUCUGUACAGUAGUUGUGGACAUUUUUCUAAUUGAACCGGUGCAACAGUUUGAAAUUUAUAUUUGGGUCACAAUUUAUGAAUGCUGUAAUGCUGGGUCUUAACAGGAAAGUCUAAGAGAUUAAGAUGCAGCCAAUCAUGUUUUAUGCAAAAUGAAAAAACCUUGCACUUUCCACUUUGUUCUGGUUGCAUUCCUAACAAAAACAAAUCUUUAUUUCCAGGGUAUAGUGACAACUCCAGGAGCUAGCUGAAGCGCUGUUAUCGGUACAGCUAAUUUUUGCUUGUCUACACUGGUUUGGUCCCAAAUUCCCAAAUGUUUGUUCUUGAUGUGACUCUCUACAACAGACCAGUGAAAGUGCUUCCCUCUAAUGAGCUCAUUGAGUGCUUUUACUUUCUUCUGUUUUUUUUUUUUGUUUUUUUGUACAAGCUGCGCAAAGUUGUUUGAAAAAAAAUCACUGAGGCAUGUCUGUACUUCACGCCAACAUAAGUCUCAUACUGAAGUGUUUUUCAUCACAACACGAACUAUAUAAUGUGUGGCAUUCACACUUGGUUUGGGUAUUUGGUCCGCUGGUUCAGUUUGUGUUCUUACAACAAAUAAAUCCCACCAACAGUCAGUCCUCCAUUUUCAAGUGGUUUGCUUGUUUGGUCCACACCAGAGUUUGAAUGCCUUCAUUUUACACACACCACUCUCGAUGAGCAAACCACAUUACAUGAAGUAACUGGAAGUCUGCAUGUGUCCUUACCCAAAAGCAAAAGUCACCUUUUAACUAAUCUGGGAUGCUCUGCAACUUAUAUUAUAAAGGGAAUUAUAUUCAAAAUUGGGGAACACACAAUGCACAAUGGUACACAAAAAAACAUGGUUCGGUAACAUUUUCAGUACAGUGGAAACAAGAAACACAACAUUAAAGUCAUAGAGCCUAUGUCCUUUAGGCUGGUAUUUGGCUGAACAGUCUUCCAGCUUGUUACAAAAUUUUUUCCUUGAAUUCUUGUGAAAACUAUGUUUAAAAAUAAGUAGGAAUUAGUCUGGUGCGAUUUGUUCCUCUUCAUGAUCCCAUUUUUGACAGUUGCAGCUUAUAUUCUGGUGCGACGUUCAGUCCGGUAAAAUAAACUAAUAUAUUGUGUACAAUAGAAUGACCCUGUGAAUAAGACGUCAUUUUUUUAGAAAAAAUUUCCAAGAAAACACACUAUCUUUGUACAAAAUAAUGUGGCAAUAAGUCAUGAACAAUGGUAGUUUGGUAAAAUUGUGAGAGGAAUGUGUAGUAAAAGAUUAAGGGCUUGAUUUACUAAAAUCCAAGAUAACCAUGCUGAACUGUGUGGGCAUUCCAAAAUUUUGUGCAUUGGGAUGGAGACAGUUUUGUGGGGUAUUACUAAGAUUAGCUGUGCAUUUGAUGGUAUGUAGCAGCGUGACGUUAAUAGCAGAAUGGUAAAUGAUGAUUUUGUGGCAUUAUGGCUGUAAACCCCCAAAUGAAAUUAAAUCAGCCAAACAGGUGCAGGUAUGCACCGUAUGUUUCCUUACACACAAACUCUGCCACAUUACUGAGCGUGUUCAUGUGCUGGCAAAAAAAAAAAAAAAAACCCUCUCAAAUUUCAGACAUUUAA